AUGGCAGUUCAGAUGAAUCUCCCGCAAAUGCGGUCGAUUUGGAUCGAUGAAGAUCAAGAAGCAGAGAAACUAUACGGGCUUCAGGUCCAGCACUUGAUGGACUCAGAUGGUGAGGACCAAGUAGAUAUGAUGCUAAUUAAUAGCGAUAGACCCGUCUUGAACAACAAAGAACGGAUUGCGCUACCACCUUUGAUGCCCGCUGCGUAUAAGCCCAGUCGUGCGAAAAAGCCAUUGCAAAAAUUAUCGGAGUCGACGAACAGUUCCUCUCAAACUAAGACCAAGACCAAGAAAAGUGGUGGAAAAUUUCUCAAAUUUUUCAGAAGCAAAGAAACGCGCUCCGGUAUACCCAGUGCUAAAAUUUCCGUUCCUUUCAACUUCCAGCACAUCUCUCACGCCGAUCUCAAAAAUGUUUUUGAGGGCGAAGAAGAAACCUUCGAAGAGCCGGUGUCACCGAUCGCUCUAAAUAAAGCAUUCGUCACCAAAAGUCCGGAACCAAUGCACUCUGCACUCGAUAGGAAAAAAUCGUAUGGCUCCAAGAGUCCAUCGCUUCGCCGGGCGUCAUCACUGGCCUCCUCACAAUAUUCAGCCGCCACGGCAAGGAUAGUCUCCACGUCUACCAUGGCCACAUCUGUCAACGACUACUCAUCAUCGCUAAAAAAACUCGAUCAGCUUGAAAAGAUUCACUUGAAGCAUAAAUACAACAAGUCUGAUGCCAGCAGUGUUUCUGUGGAGUUUUUGAAAAAUUACAGUUUCCCAACGGUCCUAGAGGAUGUCUCGCUAACAGAAGUCAAAACUCCAGAAAUGUCCAAAGAUCAAUGCGACAGAUUCACUUGGGAAUCGCCUGAGAACUCUGAAGCCCUGCUGGAGACCAUGCUUCAAACCAAAUCCCCAAUGCUGGGAAACGUGUCGUCACAGCCAAGAAGAAAGUCCGACUCCCAGCUAUUAGUUUCCCCCAUGUGUGAACAGCGUAGUUCUUAUCUAGACACGCCGAAGACAAGGAAAUCAGUUGAUGAUGUUCUACUCUGCUACCACCAGCCCAGUGAGACGAGUUCCGAGGCAUGUUGUUCUACUGAAUUUUCGUUCAGCCCAGGCUCUGGCAAAGGAAACGCUCGCACAUCGUGGGGUCGCUAA